GCAAAUUUGUGUUAUAUACCUAUAAAAUUCCAAACGACCAAGUAGAAAAGUUAAGGAAUCAAAUAGCUGAAAAAUGUUCGGAAAUUUGGUGCGAAAUCGGUUUAAUUUUGCUACCCCUUCAUCGCUAGCGGUAUCCAGAUGGUUCCACCUUGGAACAAUCGAUGCGGCCGCCCGCAAAGGCACACGUGAAAAGGCUCGCAAGAGCAAAGUUAAGAAGGUUAUCGAAAAAACCGGCUUUAUCCGGCACGAUAUGCGGAACAAGGAUAAGCUCAACUUGAACCUAACGAACAAACACAUUGACGAUAGCUGGAAGCAGAGUCCAAUCGAUAACUGUUGGGUCAGCAAGUACUAUAAAUGGAAGGUGUAUACAGUGGCCGAAGCAGUGCAGUGCCAUCGGGAAACACAUCAUCCAACCGUCUAUAACCUUCCAAAUGCUCCUUUGCAAGCACACGUCGAGCUAAAUAUGCAAGCGGAGAAAAUAACGCGAUUCGUCGACAACUUCCAACGAAUGGUGGCCAUCCCACACCAGUUCGAGCAUGGCGAGAAUCGCAAUAUUAUUGUUUUUGCCAAAGGUCAAGAUAUUCUAAAAGAGGCUAGUAAAUCCGGAGCAACGCUGGUUGGCGGGAUCGAGCUCAUAAAGGAAAUUCAAAACGGUGAUUUACAGUUAUCCGAGUAUCCGUUUGUGUUGGCUCAUCCCAAUAUUCUUCCGGAUCUGGUCGUUAUUCGUGGCUUGCUCAAGAAGAACAAGUUUCCUAAUCCUAAAAACGGAACCCUCGGCGUUAACCUCGCGGAGAUGAUUGAGAGGUACUCUCAUGGAAUUCAGUAUUCGGCUGAAAAGGAUGAGUAUCAGAAGGAUUUCGGAUCGAUUGUUGCUACUAUCGGAACACUUCAAAUGGAUAGUGCAAAAUUAGAAGAAAAUUUGUCGACACUGUUAAAAGAUAUUGCUACGAUGCGACCAAAAAGGGAAGGAAAAUUUAUUACACGAGUACUGCUAAAAAGUCCACCUUCUGGAGAGUCAUUGAAAAUAAACCCUUUCCUGUAUGUUCCGGAGGAAGGAAAGGCAUCAAACAAAAAGGGACCUUCAGAUGAAGCCGAUGAAUAUGAUCGGGACGAUGAAAAGGAAAUCGCUGCUGCCGGCGCGAAUUAGGUAAUGUAUUUUUGUAGGUUUAUUAGUCCUUAAUUACAAUAUACAAACCGCAUUUUAUCAAA